UGUACACGAGGCCCGAUCUAAAAUGUUGUGUCAUUGUGCAUCGUAUUGCAUUGUUUUGCUGCUCUUAAUCGUGCCGGGAAGAACCGACGACGUCGCGUCACAUUCGGAAAGCCAUCAGUACAACCAACCACACAGGGACCCCUUGAGGGAAGGCGGCCGGUCACAUGACAAGGACCACAUUCAGGAGCAUUUGAGAGACCUCGCUAACGUGAGCAUUGAAGACAUGUCGGAGGAAGAAUUACAGUUUCAUUACUUCAAGCUCCAUGACUAUGACAACAACAACUAUCUAGACGGUCUGGAGUUAGUAGCAGCACUCACCCACUUUGACGACGUUAAGCCGCACGACGCAGAAGGUGAAGACCACAACAAAGAGCAUGAUGAGGGAGACGACGUCACAGAUAUCGUGUCUGAUGAAGAUGCUAUGACUAUGGUGGAUCAGGUUCUGGAACAGGAAGAUGCAAACAGAGAUGGACUGAUUAGCUACGCUGAGUUUCGGAGAGCUCAGGGCGAGCACAUCAAUUCUGUGAAGGAAGAAGAGUCUAGAGACAGUAACAGAGUCUAGAAUGAGACGACAGAAAUAUUGACAGUUAUAUGUGGUUUGUUUGCUAUUUUGAUCAAAAUGUGUAUUUGAAGAAAAGAGUGGAUAGACCAUGCUUGCAAUGGAA